GGGCAGUUGAGGGGGAAACGGCAGCAAGUCGGGCUGAGAAUCUGUGUGAGAGAGAAGGAGAUGCAGGACGUAAGACAGGCGGUGAUGUCCCAUUCAGUGAGUAUUUAAGAACCGUAUGUACAUUUAUUUUGAAGAAAGUUACGUAUAUUUCCUAAACUAAAACCAGGGAGGAGCCUAAAACCACUGGGACACACUAUAGGGAACAGACAGAUUGUCUGGGGUCUAGACAUAGAGAAUGAUAGAGGCCCCUAGUGGCCAAAAGGCUGUAUUAGCAUGGGCAGCGCCAUUGGAGGACUUCCACCAUUUUAAUGUAGUCAACUGGGUGGGACUUCCAACUUCAUUGGCUGAUCCCUCCUGGUGACCUUGUUGGAGUCAUGUGAGGAAGAAAAUGCACUACUUCAAAAUGGAGAUCGCCUCCAUAGCACUGCCCAUGCUGUCACAGACGCUUUAGUGACACAGAUGCAAAGAGGAGUCCUCUAUCUAUCUCUAUGGGUCUAGGUGAGAGCAGAGUGAAUGUGCUGGUUAAAAUGGCCCCCCUUCCUUAUCUAUUAUUCUCUCGUAAAAGCUUUCUGCUCAGGCAGCAGUGGAGCACUGUGAGCUGGUCUUUGAUGAGCUGAUCCACUCCAUUGAGAGAAGGCGCUGUGAGGUGAAGGAGCUGAUCAGCGUCCAACAGAGGGUGUCAGUAAGCCAGGCUGAAGGACUCCUGGAGCGACUGGAGCAGGAGAUGGCUGAGCUGAAGAGGAGAGAUAAGGAGCUGGAGCAGCUCGCACACACUGAGGAUAACAUUCAUUUCCUCAAGGUGACAUUACUCUUUCAAUCCACAGUGGCAGGGUGGUGUUCAGAGCUAGGCACGAAACUACCUGAGCUUGUUCAAUAAGAAAGUUUAUUUUUGUUUCAUAAUAUGUUCCCCGUUUGUGCCUAUCGAACAUGACCCAGGGUUCCUUACUUCUUCAAAACGUAUAACCUCUGAGCUCCAGAAUUCGUCAUAUUUUCUUAUCGUCUAUUCUUUCUCUCACUCUCUCUCGCUCUCUCUCACUCUCUCUCUCGCUCUCUCUUUCGCUCUAGACUUUCCAGUCUCUUUGUGUGGCUCCUGGAUCUGAGCUCUUACCCUCUAUCACUGCCAACCAACACUUCUCCUUUGAGGAAGUGAAGAGUUCCAUCACUGGAAUGAUGGAGCGACUGGAGGAUGUAUUGAAGGAGGAAAUGGCUGAGAUACCUGGAAAAGGUAAAUGUUACAGAUAUAGUGAAGAUAAAAUAUUUGGUUAACUUUCUGUUAAAUGCUUCUUGAUUAUAAAUUAAUAAAUCCAUUUGUCUGCUUACCCUGUAUAGUAAUGGCUGUCUAUGUCGUCAGCCCAAGACCAGAAUGUGAGUAAUACACACACGUUAUGAGUGAAUAUUUCAUCUUGGUUUAAUUUUGUAGAUAUUUGUCUUGAAUGCUUCUUAAUUAAACAUGAAUUAAUCAAUGUAUCUCCCUACUCUAUAUAGUAACUGCUGCCGCUGAAGUGCAUUUUCAUAAUGUGCCCAAGACCAGAGAGGAGUUCCUGGAG